CCCAAGCGCAUUAUCUUUUUCCGCGACGGAGUGGCGCACAACCAGUUCGAGGAGGUGACGAGGCAGGAGAUCGCGCAGAUUCGGCGCGCGGCCGACGCCAUCUGCGGCGAAGCAUACAAGCCACAGCUGAUCUUUAUCGUGACGCAAAUGCGCACGAAGGCGCGCUUCGCCAUCCAAGGCGUGGCGCCGAGCAAGGGAGGCGGUAAGGGCGGCGGCACGGUGGUGGAUCGCGAUGUCACGGGUAAAGACGCCUUCGACUGGUACAUGGUUCCGCACCACGCGCUGCAGGGCACCGCGCGCGCAUCGCACUACCACGUCCUGAGCAACGACGCGAAGCUGAGCGCGGACAAGCUGCAGCGCUUCACCUUCGACCUGUGCCACGUGUAUGGGCGCGCGACCAAGAUCGUCUCGCGGCCGGCGCACGUCUACUAUGCGCACCUGGCGGCGUUCAACGGCCCGUUCUACAGCUCAGACUUCCGCGACACCGCUGGCACC